AUGUCCUGCAGGUAUCUCUACUCGAUUCUUCGUGACACACACUUGCAGUACCGCGACAUACGAAGUCCUCUCUGCAAGCCCGUUCUCUGGUCCCGGCUGGCCCGCGAUGACAUGCGUGCUUCUCUGACGCGCUCUCUCACCAUAUUACCAGAGAACGUUUUCAACGACAUGCAGUCUGUCAUUUCGGACUAUCUUCCCAUGGAAGAACGCGUUCCAGAGGAAUAUCGCGAAUGCAGUCCCGUGGACAAUGGCAGAAACUCAGACGUACCCCGCAGGCGGGAGGUGCUUCAUGGGCACGAGCAGAAUCUGAUCGCCGCCCUCAAACGUAUGACGAACUUGCGCCAAUUCCGAUGGUUCCGUAUGCCUCCACCGGUGUCGGAGGGUAAGGAUGACCUGUGGACAAUGCUCAACUCACUAGGAACGGUUGAGGAGCUGCACGUCCUGGAUCUGCAAGACUUGAAAUCAUCUGGCUGGCGCUCUGUCGUUGAGACACCAUCGUUCCUGUCCUUCCAGGGACUGACGUUCUUGGAUCUCCGGACGGAUGUGGCGGACCGGGCUGAAGAUGAUCCGGACCUGGAUCCACUACUUCGGAUGCUUGUCAACUGUCCUCGUUUGAAGAGUCUUCGCGUGCACCUACAACUCUUCUCCCAAGUCGUAGCCGCAGACGCAGAGAUCUUAGUUCAAGAGGGACGAUGGCCCCAACUAACCUCGCUCUAUCUAGAAGGAUUCAGUUGCCAGCCGGACAGCUUAUCCGCCUUCUUGAGUCACCACGAAGCCCUCAGGGAACUCAGACUCUCAUGUAUGAUGCCCGGCUACAGAUGGCGGGACCUCUCCCUGCCUCAAGGCAGCCUCCCGAACCUCUGUACUCUCGAGUGCCACAGCCCGACCGCGGCGGCUCUGCUAAGGGACCCCCAGGUUGCACCCAACCUCGCGUCGCUCCGCGGGAUCGAUCUUAGCGACACCGUGCGUCUCAAUGACUAUUUCCUGCUGGAUUACGAGUACGAUGAGCCGGAGUUUGGGGAACCUGAUGUCCACAAGGAGAGACCGUCGCCGUGGAAGGCGGAGCUGCUGGAAGCAAUCAGAGCGCAUCCGAGAAUCACGUCGAUCGAGGUGGAUAAGAAACCGACCGCGGCGCAGAUUCGUGAGCUGAGACAAGUAGCUCCGCAACUUAAAGAGCUGUCCUUCUGUGGCGAAUACGACCGUAAGGGGGAACAUCUAUGGCAUGAAGCACGGUUCCAUUCUCCUAGAUUGGUAUAG